GAUGCAGGGGGCCGAGCUCCGGGAUGGCGAGGCGGCGGCGGCGGCGGCCGCUUCGUACCGCGUCCUGAGCCGCCUGCUCGGCUAUGGAGAGGCGGCCCCCGAGCCAGGCCCGCCGCCGCCGCCGCCCCCGGGCCAUGGCCCCCCGCCGCCACCUUUCCUCGCGCGGCCCGGUCCGCGGGGCUCCCGGCCGCCGCAGCUGAUGGUGUUCCGCAACGUGGGUCGGCCGCCGGAGGAGGAGGACGCCGAGGCGGCUCCGGAGCCGGGACCCUCGGAACUGCUGUGUCCCCGGCAUCGCUGUGCCCUGGACCCCAAGGUCCUGCCCCCGGGGUUGGCGCUGGAGCGGACCUGGGGCCCGGCGGCUGGACUAGAGGCGCAGUUGGCGGCUCUGGGGCUCGGGCAGCCGGCGGGGCCGGGGGUCAAGACGAUCGGUGGAGGUUGCUGCCCCUGCCCAUGCCCCCCGCAGCCGUCACCUCCGCAGCCCCAACCGCCUGCUGCCGCCCCGCAGGCCGGGGAGGACCCCACGGAAACAAGCGACGCGCUGCUAGUCCUGGAGGGCUUGGAAUCAGAGGCCGAGAGCCUGGAGACUAACAGCUGCUCGGAAGAGGAGCUCAGCAGCCCGGGCCGCGGAGGAGGAGGGGGCGGCCGGCUUCUGCUGCAGCCCCCAGGCCCUGAAUUACCCCUGGUUCCCUUACCGCUGCAGGACUUGGUCCCACCAGGGCGCCUCAGUAGAGGAGAGCAGCAGCAGCCGCCUCCCCCGCCCCCUCCUCCUCCUGGGCCCCUCCGGCCACUCGCUGGCCCUUCGCGGAAAGGCUCCCUCAAAAUCCGCCUCAGUCGCCUCUUUCGCACGAAGAGCUGCAACGGUGGCACUGGUGGUGGGGAUGGGGCCAGCAAGAGGCCUUCUGGAGAUCUGGCUGCUUCAGCUGCGAGCCUGACAGACGUGGGAGGCUCUGCCGGACGGGAGCUGGACGCGGGGAGGAAACCCAGGUUGACCAGAACUCAAAGUGCCUUUUCUCCGGUCUCCUUCAGCCCCCUGUUCACAGGUGAAACAGUUUCGCUUGUGGAUGUGGACAUUUCUCAGCGGGGCCUGACCUCUCCACACCCUCCAACUCCCCCUCCUCCUCCAAGAAGAAGCCUCAGCCUCCUAGAUGAUAUCAGUGGGACGCUGCCUACAUCUGUCCUUGUGGCUCCGAUGGGGUCUUCCCUGCAGUCUUUCCCCCUACCUCCGCCACCUCCACCCCAUGCCCCAGAUGCAUUUCCCCGGGUUGCUCCCAUCAGAGCAGCUGAAUCCCUGCACAGCCAGCCCCCUCAACACCUCCAGUGUCCCCUCUACCGGCCCGACUCGAGCAGCUUUGCAGCCAGCCUUCGAGAGUUGGAAAAGUGUGGUUGGUAUUGGGGACCAAUGAAUUGGGAAGAUGCAGAGAUGAAGCUGAAAGGGAAACCAGAUGGUUCUUUCCUGGUACGAGACAGCUCUGAUCCUCGUUAUAUCCUGAGCCUCAGUUUCCGAUCACAGGGUAUCACCCACCACACUAGAAUGGAGCACUACAGAGGAACCUUCAGCCUAUGGUGUCAUCCUAAGUUUGAGGAUCGCUGUCAAUCAGUGGUGGAGUUCAUUAAGAGAGCCAUCAUGCACUCCAAGAAUGGGAAGUUUCUCUAUUUCUUGAGAUCCAGGGUUCCAGGACUGCCACCAACUCCAGUCCAGCUGCUCUAUCCAGUGUCCCGAUUCAGCAAUGUCAAAUCCCUCCAGCACCUUUGCAGAUUCCGGAUCCGACAGCUCGUCCGGAUAGAUCACAUCCCGGAUCUUCCACUGCCUAAACCUCUGAUCUCCUAUAUCCGAAAGUUCUACUACUACGAUCCUCAGGAAGAGGUAUACCUGUCUCUAAAGGAAGCGCAGCUCAUUUCCAAACAGAAGCAAGCGGUUGAACCCUCCACGUAGCGAGGGGCCCCUGCUGGUCACCACCAACGGCAUUUGGUUGCCAAGCUCCAGUUUUGAAGAACCAAAUGAAGCUACCAUGAACGAGGAGUAAGAAAAAAACAAGAGGGAAUAGGAAGGGCUGGGAUCCUCUGCGCAAAGACUUUGGUUCCCCCCACCACUCUGGGGCUUGGAAGAAGCACACAACCAUACUCUCUGAUUGGGGGCUCCGCCAUGCGCAUCUAGCCCCUGUGAUAUCUUGGAACUGGAUGAGCUCCUUGGAAAACUGGAAGAAGUCUCAACACUGUUCCUUUUUCACAAGUUUUGUUUUGGACAUUUACAUUUCUCAGUAUGAAAAACUCACCUUAAAGACAGCUGGGUUUGUGCCCAUUGGAUUGGAAGUGGUGUGAAGGGUGAGCAGGUCCAAAGGGGGUGGGUGGACCACCAGUGUGGGUCAGGCAGCUGGUGCCAAAGGCAGAAUGCGAGUUUUCACCAUUGACCUUGAAGAAGGGAAGAGAAGGAGUCAGAAGUGCAAAUCAGGUUGGGAGUUUCUGAAGGAUGAGAGUCUGCUUCUCUUUAAGCAUGAGUAGCUUCAGUGGGAGCAGGAAAGAAAGGAGGUGGGUGGUCUCGGACAGAAGAUUGCUGGACAGAAACUGGCAGAUGGCCUCUGCUGGGGGAAGUAGUGACUCCUUGCAUCCGUUCUUUUUAAGGUUCAGGAACCUGAUUUCAGAAUCACCUCUCAUAGAAGCUGGAUUCGUUUUAUUUUACUUGAUUCCUAAGUUCUGUGACCUCAAGUUAGCCCCAUUCUUCCUCCACCCUCAACCUGUUCCCCAAGUUAACUGUACAUUUCACCCUGGUCAUGGUAAUUCAUUCCUUUUGCUUCUGCCAGCUGUCCUGGCACUAGUUUUUCUCAUCACCUGAGCAGUUCAGAGCUCCAGUCAUGGGCUGCUGAAGGGAAUGGAGUGUGCCUCCAGGUUUUGAAUGGCCAUCUGUACCACGACUUAGGAGCCAGUGUUACUUACCUCCAUAUGUCUGCCGGCUAGUGAGAGGGAAUGUGCAGGCAGGUGGGAAACAAAGCUAUCAUAGUUGUACUCGUCCUAGAGAAAGCUCUCCAGUGUCUCAGCCUUAAUGGGAUGUCCUUAGAUUAGGAGGAGGAGAGCAUUACAUCUCAUGUUUUUGGGUUUAUCACUGUCGUCCCACUUCUGGGACAGGAGGUAGCAAGGGCUUCUAUAUUUUCCUGUGUUCUUUCUGGCAAUGCAAACAUUUUCCUGAGUCAGAUCCUGCUUGCCCUCUUUUCACUGGGAUUCUGUCAGAUGCUGAUUUCAGAGUUGCCUCUCAUCCAGGUGGAAGUGAGGAGGAGGGAGAAGAACUCCAGUGCUUUUCAAUGGUCUUCAAUUUUUUCUGAAGCAGGCCAUGGUGAAAUCAUACAACAUUAUAAAUUUGCUUUUCUGUAGAGUUACUCUGGGGAAAGUUUUGCUAUUAAGACGUGAAAAUUGAGCUGUUUAGUCUUUAUUACCCUUUUCCAGUAAGUGUUCCAUUAGACUGCCUCUUUUGGUACCCUAGGCUUUGUAUCUGCCUCAUCUCAUGAGAUAAAUAGUACUGUCAGGUUUGUGGUUUCCUGAUGGUUUGGGGUGAGGCCUCCGUGACUUGUUAAUUUAUAGGACUGCCUCAUCUGGAAGCAUUGGCCUUCUGCCUUACGACCUGUGUAGAAUGACCAGUCUUCCUCCUUGCAGCAUUCUGAAGAGGGAGGAAACUUGCAUUGUUACUUGGCCCUAAAGAGGCUGUCCUCUGAUUUGUCAGGAGGCGCUUCUCCUCUCCUUGGCUUCCAUGGUAGUAUUACCAACAGUUAAGAUUGUGAUCCCAGAAAUUGGCUUAACCUGUGAGCCUUGCCUCUUAAGGGUGCAGAUUAACUUGCCAUCUUGCAGAAAGUGCCACCCACCCCUCCCCCACCCCUCAUUGUAGAGUCUGAAGUCUGGAAUCCAUUGGGAUCCUUGAGUGGCUGAUGUGCAGCUCUCUUGAGAUUUUUUUUUUUUAACCACUUUCAUUACCCACAAUUUUUAGGUUAUUCCUUAGUAUGUGUUUGCCUGGCUCUUGGGCCACGUACUGUGGAAAACACAGGAGUCAGAAGACGUGGUAUCUGGCUUUAGGGAAUUUUUAGAAUACUGCCACACAUGAAGCAAUUGGAGAGUGACUCAGUGUGGCAGGGAUUCAGGGCUGUCUUUAAAGACAUUGAGAGCGGGUAACAUCAGGGUAGACCAGAUGGCGUAGGAAAGCUCUGAGGCAGUGAGGCUUUGGGUUGUAGGCGAGGGCAGGACAGUGAGAUGAGAAACACAUGAACCAAAAGCAUGGAAGCAGAAGUGUGCAUGGCGUGUACUGAGCAGUGCACAGCCCCAAGUUAGAGCAGAAGCACCGAAGAAUCCAUUUUCAGUGCGAAACCUCCCAGUCAUCAGGCAGAUCUGAGUGCUGAGGGCUUAUGAUGGUGAAGUGGAGUCCAAAGCCAGAAGUCCAGUUGGCUUCCUGCUGGUGGCCAAGGACCUCACUGCUCUCGGUGCAGCCUGUGAGAGGCAGGGCUCCUGGACUCACUGUGGUACCGGGGGUUUCCACUGGAGAAUUCCUACACUCAGGUACAAAACCAAACCAGCCGAGGAGGGCCAGCCUCAUCCCUGUCCUCUUUCUGCUCCUGGGAAGGGUGGUGGUUACCUGUCUGUGAUCUGUCUGCUUUCGUCACAGCCCAGGCUGCAGCCUAUUCCUUUCUCAGUAGAGUGGGUACAAGACAGUGCAAGAGGGGACUGGCUCCAUUAGGAGACGUGGUGGACGAGGCAGGACGGGGGCAGUUGGCUGAGAUGCCAGCCUGGUCAGAGUAAACGGAGCAGGAACAGCUGGCCUGUCGUUAGCAUUUCCCCUUCUUCUCUCCUGGCUGGGCCCACCCCCUCCUUUGCCAAUUCUGUGCAGUGCUAAUUGAAAUGCAGUCUACAGAGGGUACUUGUUCCUUUUGGGUCGUUUUCUAAAGUCACAAACUGGAAAAGGUUCUCAGUUCUAGAGACCCCUUAUUGAUUUCUAAGUUGUGAGUGGCUGAUGUCAGCACCCUCAGGCCCUGCCUGUGUAACCCUCGCUUGUUUAUGAUUGAUCUGCUGUAAUCAUCCUCAGGAUGGCGUGAACCACUGUGAGCUAGUGACAACUACUGCUACGACUGCUAUUACUUGAAACUUGUGUGCUGUGGUAGGAGCGCAGGAGUGAGGAGGUGUAGGGACUAGAUAAGUGGGUGAAAGCUGGAGUUUGGGCCCAUCGGUGAUGACCUUGGCCUAGUUGUCUGCCUAUGCCUAGAUAUAGUGAAUGUGUGUAUAUUCACUGGAAUAUGAGCUGAGGACUGCAGCCACCGGCCUCCCAGGAGGAAAGGCACGAUGGGGAGCUUGCCGCCUGGCCGGUUUCUACUCCUCCACCUCCUCUCCUCCUUUUUACUUGACUGAUUAUAUAGGCCCCUUAUUAAGGUUGGGGAUGAUGUGGAGACAGCUGCAGACACCCAUAGUGCACAUCCAGGAAGAACUGGGGAGCAGAGAGGGUUGUUAAUGGUCCCACAUCCAGGUGUGACAGAAGAGUGGGGAGCUGGAUGCCCCGAGGUGCCAGCCCAUUCAGGCCUCACCCCCAGGUCCCCAGAAGAUCAUGGCCUGCUCAAAGCCCUCAGGGCCCAGCAGGGUGUGGGGAUGGGAAGAACUUUUCCCUUCAGUACCAUCCGUCCCCGCCCUGCCACCUCUCCCUUGGCUUUGAACCCUGAAGUUGGAGGGCUGGGCGCUAGGAUAGAGUGCUGUGGCUGCUGGAGGGCCAUCUGAAAGUUUGUGCGUGUGUGCAUGUGUGUCUUCAUUUGCGGAAGUCUUGCCACCAGUUGGGGUGUUGAGAGCAUCUCUAUUGGGGGGAGACCAGCCAUUUGUUUUCCACUUUUAAGAGAAUGACAUAACCCCUGUCCCUAAGGGAGGAGCUUUUGAGUUAGACAUUUUCCCUAUGGGAAUCCUCUUGGUUUGGUCUGUGGGAAAGGGGGGUAACGAAUAAAUGAUUUUUAUCUCUAAUCGUCAACACAGCUGUUCUUACACUGAAUUUGUGCUAUUGCAUACAUGUAGCCAUCUUUCUUUUCACUGCAGCAGUGUUUAUCAGUAGUUCAAAAUGAUUUAUUUGCUCCUGGGGAGUAAAACCUUUUUUAUUAAAAAAGAAAAAGAAAAAAAAUAAUAAGAAAAGUGUGAUCCCCUCCCUCCCAUGAUAGUGAAAGGAUUAUUGGGCCACAACACUCAAGAAAGCGAAGUCAAGUGAACCAGUCCCCAUGAUCUCUCCUGUUUUGACAUUGGAGCUUCUUGCUCAGCACAAAACAACAGGAGGCCUUGAGAAGAUGGAGGGCAAAGCAUUGGGAGGAGUGAGAGGGGCUGUACCAGAGAGAGAGGCACUGGGGACACAGGUGCUGCAGUAAGAAAAAUAGUGAAGAAGUGUAUUUAAAAUAUUGACUCUAAUCUGCCAGGGAAAGACCUUUCUUUACAUGCAAAUUCCAUGUUGUCUUUGUCCUUUUCAUCCCUCUUUGACCUUCCUGGUAGGUGCUGUCCAGUUUCUUCCUGUUUCCCUUUCUGUCCUCUCUGCCCCUUCUCGGAUCCUUUCCUCGUCCCAUUUACCUCCCAGGAAACCAGUCCUGCGUGCUGAGUCUGUGACAUGCCUUCACACCCAUUUCAUCUCAUUUAGAGGGUACCUGGAGUUGCUCCAUCCCCUUCUCCCGCUCCCUCCUCCGCCAUGCCAAGAGGCAAGGGGCAGGCAGAAAGCAGCCAGCCAUGGCCGGAAGACAGGACUGUCUGGUUGCAGCUGGACUGCGAUCAUAGUUGCUCUUGGAGAUAAGAGUACAAGGAAAGCUUAGGACGCUCUUGAUCAGAACCCAGGAUAAUCCCAAACCGCACAGCCCUGCUCAGAGCUGUGUCCUAAGCCCCCUACCCAGCUCGGGGGGGAGCGGGAAGGCUGGUCUGACUGCAUCCCUGGUGCUCCCUUGAACGGGGACCUGCCCCUCAUGUUAGGCCCAGAACCCUUUCCAAGGGACAAGCAUAAUCCAGGCACCGCUCUGUGGGCAGCCCAGGUGCUGGAAUGCCCCAACUGGUGCUGCCUGUGGCACAGCCACUGCUGUACAUUUUUUGGUUGUUUUAAGAAGCUCCAGAGGGGUGUCAUUCUAGGCUCCUCGGGUGGUUGUCUAUUCUUCACUGGAGGGGAGCCUCACCCCCUGCAACCACUUCUGUCCUCUUCAGCCACCCCACCCUCCAAGCCAAAGCGUGGCCUGGCUUUUCUCUUCCCAUUUAGUUUUCCUCCUUUCCUCUCCCUUUUUGUGCUUAAUUUAUUAAAAUAGUUGCUGUAUAAUUUAUUUUCAUAAACUAUAAAAAUGACUAAAUGGUUAAAAUAGACUUGCAGGCCAAUCUUAAAUGGGGUGGGAGGGUCUGAGGGUGGGUGGGGAAAGAUGUUUUGAUAUAAACAAAACAAAUGCACUUUGGGUGUGUUUUGGUAUUUUUCUGGGGCUAGAAGGGUGGGUGUUGGGCUGUCCCUGUAGAUUAGUUCCAGAAUGGGGUGUCUGUAUAUAUUGUAUUAAUAGGCAUGUUUGACUCUUGUAAAGGGACAUUAGUAGCUGCUGCAGGUCCUGUUUGGAAUCCCAUGUACAAUUUCCGGUUUUUUGUAAGUGUCAGUGCGGGAGACAUUUGACUCUUGUGUUUGUAUCUCCUUUUUAUGAUUGCUGUACUGACCAUGUCUUUUUGGCGAGGGGUGAAAAGAGAUUUGAAAUAAAAAUGUUUAGAAAUUA